AUAUAAAAGCUGUAAGCCGAUUGCUUAGGAGAAUGCAAUAAUUUGUUUCAAUAAGUUAAGACAUUUUGUGUAUUGGGAUCACUCUGCUUUCAGAAAAAAUGUUGAAAACACUUGUUUUUAUUUCAUCCUUUUUCCGCUGUUUUCAUCCCGGGAUGCCGCAAAGUAAUGGUGAUGGAGUAAUUUUAAUUUCCCGCUGUGAUGGACAGAUGGAGACCGGAAAUAUCUUUACUGUAAACUACACCGCAAUUAACUCACAUUGUAACUGUACAAUAACUCCAAGAUUUAAUGGAAGUUUAAGCUUUGAAACAGGUACCAUAAAAGAAAAUUGUUCUACAGAAAUUGCCAUACAUAGAUUGCAGCAGUCGGAAUUUAAUACCUUGAUCACAAUACCAUGUAAAGAAGCGGCACAUAAGCUAUUUGUUAUUGUAACACAAGACAGUGUGUUUUAUAUAACAUCCAGAUCGGCCAAUACUGCGAUUGAUCCAGAGAUAUUUUCUCAAUAUAUCGUAUUUGAAGGCAGAGAACCCAUACCUUCAGAUACAUCCAGUGGAAGUAUAAGUGUAGUAUGUGGAAGUCCCCUUGGAGAAGAGUCAACAAUAACAACAACUUGUACUAGUGAUCUCAAAGAUGACGUGUCUGGCAAGGCAUUUUUAUCCUUACAAAUUCCUUUGGCUAUAUUUGUGGUAAUUUCCAUUGUUUCAACAAUAAUGAAUAUGUACUCCUAUAUCCACUUCAAAUCGAGGAAAAAAUGUGGAUCAAAAAAUACAAACGUACAAAUAAGUCCUCGAAGUGGAACUGAAGCAACAGCUGAAACUUACACAGAACUUGGAAAUACGGUAUCAGAAAACCAGUACGAUUCCCUCUCCGGACAGGAUAACUACACACACAUGAAUGUUUAAUACACCUUGUUUGACUCGAUCUGCUUUUAUUGUGUGUCUGUAUAUAUUGUUUGUCUCUAAUGUAGCAUUUAGGUUUGUCAAGCUAAAAGAAAGCAUAGAUUUUUUAUCUAAAAGUUUUGUUAUCACUACCCUAUGCAAACUUUGUGAUGAUACCUUUAUUUUCUUUGAUUCGGACUAUAAAAUAAAACAAAUAAGUUUUACAGAAUAUCUGUCUUUUUAAAAGGAAGGGAAUUAAAAAAAAAAGAUGCAGUGAAAAAAAUGCGUACUAAUAUAUUAAUAUAUAGGCGGUUAUACUUUACAUUUUGAUGUAUAAUGGAAUUCGGUUGCCCAAAGAAAGCCGUAGCUGUUAUGUACACAAAAAAUAAUCAAAAUGUGUAUAAAAACAGAAAAAAAAGAUACAAUUUAAAAACU